AUGCAUCUUCAGCCCAUCGACAACACUGAAAUCGAGCCAUUCACCAGCGCCAUGGACGACCCACGCAUCACCAUCCUGCAAGAGGCGGAGGCGCAAGAGACCUUUGACGACGUCUGGGGCUCGGAGCCAGGCUCGCCAAGCGACAGCCACAACUUUGCCCGAGACGCGAGCGCGCCCAUGGGAACGCACCCGGGCGACAUGCCGCGCCUGCAGGCCGAGCACACCAACGCCGGCUACCGCGAGGGCAUCUCCGCCGCCAAAGCCCACAGCAUCCAGGCGGGCUUCGACGAGGGCUUCAGCCUCGGCGCCGAGGUCGGUUCCGUCGCGGGCCAGAUUGUCGGCCUUUUCGAGGGCAUCGCCGCCGCACUGGACGGCCACGACGAGGAUUCCGCCGCAAAAAAGGCCCGCAAGACGCUGGACGACGCCAAGGCGGAGCUGAAGCUUGACUCCGUCUUUGGACCCGCGUAUUGGAACACCGACGGGACCUGGAAGUUUGACGUCGAGGGCACCAAUGGUGGUGACGAGAUCCUCUUCGCCGACGUGGCUCGUGCCCACCCCCUCAUUCGCAAAUGGCAAAAGGUGGCCGACGCCGAGAUUGAGCAAUGGGGCAUCGUCCUCGAGGCCAUUGGCGAUGCGCAGGAGCACGAGAGGCAGCCGAGCCCGGAGCGGGCGCCGAGCUCCGCGGUGCCGCAGACCAAGAAACCUCUCGACUGGUGA